CCUAAUGUCUGCUAUCACUUAAUGGUAGCAGCUGUUUUGGGGGUUGCUAUUUUGCACUCUUUGAAUUUUUACUUUAGAGAAAAGCAAGUUGUGAUUACCUGCAUACGUCUCACAGUUCUCUGAAAUUAUUCAUUCAGCUUGGUUAUCUACUCAUAACGGGUUAAAGUGUUUACAAUAACAUAAAGGUUUUUAAAUGUUAUAUAAAUUUUAAGAGCAAUAUAUAAAUUGGAAUUUAAGCAAACAACCGAAUUUGUUCAAAUUCUCUUAUAUUUUAGAAAAAGUGUGAGUGCAAUAUUUUUAUAUUCGUCAAUGUAUGUAUCUACAACUACUAGCAUAUAAAAUGUGAAAUAAUUAUAUAAAAAGUUUAUAAAAUAAAAAGAAACAAGAAAAUGUUUUCUAUAUACUGUUAAAUUAACAGUUAUACACUCCCAGGCAACGUAAACACAUACAAAACAACACUUGAAAAUAUACAUUUGUAUAUACAUACGUAAUCCUCAAAAAAAGAAAUAUUUGUAAAAAAGAAAAUAAAAAAAGUUUUUCAACGAUGUUAACAUCUCAAGAAAGUGUAAAGGCUUGGAUACUAUCAGCUCUUAUGGUACAUGGAGCAGUUGCAGGCAAUCCCGACGCUAAGCGACUUUACGAUGAUCUUUUAAGUAACUACAACAAACUGGUUCGACCAGUCGUUAAUACUACAGAUGUUCUUAAAGUUUGUAUAAAACUUAAGCUUUCACAACUGAUUGAUGUAAAUCUUAAAAACCAGAUUAUGACUACAAAUCUUUGGGUGGAACAGUCAUGGUACGACUACAAAUUAAGGUGGGAACCCAAAGAAUAUGGCGGAGUCCAUAUGCUACACGUUCCGUCUGAUCACAUUUGGAGGCCAGACAUUGUACUUUACAAUAAUGCCGAUGGUAACUUCGAAGUGACUCUUGCAACAAAAGCUACAAUUUACUCUGAAGGAUUAGUUGAAUGGAAACCACCAGCAAUAUACAAGUCAUCCUGUGAGAUAGACGUAGAAUAUUUCCCAUUCGAUGAACAAACAUGUGUUCUAAAAUUUGGCAGUUGGACUUAUGAUGGGUUCAAGGUUGACUUAAGGCACAUGGACGAGCAACAAGGUAGCAAUAUUGUAGACGUUGGUGUAGACUUAUCGGAGUUUUACAUGUCUGUGGAAUGGGACAUUCUGGAGGUCCCAGCUGUACGGAAUGAAAAGUUUUACACCUGCUGUGAUGAGCCCUAUUUGGAUAUAACGUUUAACAUAACCAUGCGAAGAAAGACUCUUUUUUACACUGUUAACAUUAUAAUACCAUGCAUGGGUAUCUCAUUUUUAACGGUACUAACAUUCUACUUGCCUUCUGAUAGUGGAGAAAAGGUUACUCUAUCCAUCUCGAUUCUCAUUAGUCUUCAUGUGUUUUUUCUUUUGGUCGUUGAAAUUAUUCCUCCAACAUCGUUAGUUGUACCACUGUUGGGUAAAUACCUAAUAUUUGCUAUGAUAUUGGUUUCUAUAAGCAUUUGUGUGACUGUUGUCGUACUGAACGUUCAUUUUCGUUCUCCACAAACACACAGAAUGGCACCCUGGGUAAAACGUCUUUUCAUAAACUUUUUGCCUAAAUUUCUUUUUAUAAAAAGACCGACUUAUAACUUUGAAACAAGCAAAUUGCUUUUAAAGGAUGCUCACGCAUGUUUCUAUCCGUAUUACUCUUCGACUAAUAUUGAUCGGCUCCCAUCAGCAGAGUACUAUAACCAUACAGCCUCGAAAGAAGAACUAACAACACAAAGACAUUACAUGGCGACCGUGACAAUGGUCUCACCAACCUGCAGUGAAUAAAAAACAUCCCAAAAACUAGUGGAAGGGCAGCCAAGAAGACUGACAAUAAACUUCAACAAAAACAACAGCAGAUGCCAUUUACUACAAUUCUGGCAACAAAUACAUCGAAAGCAGCUAUGGAGGGAUAGCUGUGGACAAUAAGUAAAUAUCUGAGUGAGUAGAGUAGGAAUGGAUAAGAAACCAAAGAAACAGAAAAAGCGCGGCGGCGUCAAACAAAAACUGAGGUCGUAAAUUGACCGUCUCAACAAAGAUUUGAACGAUCAAGAUAACCCGCCAGCAUGGAACGAUUCUGUGUCCAUGCAUGAAAAGCGCUCGUUUCGUGAAGCACAACUAUUGCAGUUAAUAAACAAAAAACAAAAUCCAUCCGUCUCCUACAGCAAGAUACAAACUAUAAACAAGAAAGUAGCUCCUCCUAUUCAAACAGCUAUCCCAGCAUAUAAGAGACAAUGUCCGGCGGAAUGUGAGGGUCUAUUCUACAACAUUGGCUGCGCACUGACUUUCGAGAUUGCCAAACCGACAGCUCUAGAAAGAGCGCAAUAGAGGGCAACAUACAAUCAUCCCGGCCUGUGCGAGGACCAGCAGCAGCAACAUGAACGAGUUUCGACAGUGGACCGACAGCGCUACAAAGAGCGCACUACGAAUUUUUUGUUUUAUAUAUAUAAAAUGAUUUUAUAAAAUUAAGCGAGAACUCGCCCGAUCAGAGUACAUGUUGGAAGGCUGAACAAAAUAUAGGCAGGAACAAUUGUAAACAUAAAUGAAAAAUAAAUGAAUUAGCAAUUUUGAUGAAAAUUUACCUAAAUUUAUAAUUAUAACUUAUUUAUAUAACCCAAAAUAAGACUAGUAGACUUAAAGACAGUGGAUUCCACUGCUAAUGUCAUUAAUAAAGUAGAGUCAAGUAACAUGGAUUUACAAUUAGUAAAUAUACUAUUAAUAAUAA